UGAGAGUCAGAGAGGGAGAGAAAGAGAGACGAACUGAGACGAACUGAGGUUUGGAGGUAUUUUUCUUGGGUGAUCGGGUUUUGAGUUCAGUGAGAAAAAUCCUUCUGAACUUGAGGUUGCCGCGAUGGAUCGCGAACUGGUCGACAAAUUCAUCGAAGUGACGGGCGAGAGCGAAGCGACGGCUCAGCAGUACCUGACGUUGGCUGAUGGAAACGUGGAGAUGGCGAUCAGCUUGAUGUUCGAGGGUGGCAGACCACCGGAGAUCGAGAACGCAAAUCCUGAACCACCUGUGAGGGCUCCGAUACUUCCCACGCGCGAGAUUCUAGUACCCUCAGAUCCAAUGUGUUCAUUGCCACAGUUGUCGAAUAAUGUGUUUGAUAGAUUCAGAGAUUUUGCAGUGGAAACCCAGAGACAAGAGGAAGAGAUGACUCGUCGAGUAACUGGUGCAAAGCAAAUGUCUCAGAAGAAAUCUAAGCGGCUGGAAGAUCUAUUCCGACCACCAUGUGAUAUUCUCUUUUUGGGAUCCUUCAUGGAAGCACGGGACCAUGCGAAAACUUUAAACCGUUGGCUGCUUGUGAAUGUUCAGAAUCCACAGGAAUUCAGUUGUCAGGUUCUCAAUAGGGACGUUUGGCCUAAUGAGCAUAUCCAAGAAAUUGUCAAGGAUCACUUUGUCUUGUGGCAAGUCUUAUCUAAUACUUCGGAUGGAAAACGUUAUAUAGACUUUUACAAUGUGGUGGCAUAUCCUUAUCUGGCGAUUGUAGAUCCUAGAACAGGAGAGUGUAUGAAAGCUUACAACAACAUUACUGUGGACAGUCUGAUCUCUGAUUUAAAUGAUGUUCUGAGCACACAUCCAUCUCCAGAAAGUGCUACAUAUGUUUCAUCUGACUCUAAAGAUUGGAAUAAUUUUCCUACAACACCUCCAAAACGAAAUACUGUAGCUGAUCAAACAAAGAAUGAUUGUGGACCUAGUAGCAAAACUUCUAGACUUUUAUCAGAAAAAGUUACGUGUUUGGGGAACGAGAAUGUAGCAUCUGACAACACUACAAGUUUGAGUGUUCCAAAUUUGAAUAUUCCAAGUAGCAGUACUGCUUUCAAUAAAAAGAGAAAAUUGAAUGAAUUGGCGACUAAGCAGCAAAAAGACGAAAAAUUAAAAUCAGAUACAACUAAACCUGAAACAGGCGACGAACCUUAUCUACGGCUCUGUUUACGAUUGCCUAAUGGUGCAAAAGAAACUAUAUCAAUGUGUGCAACAAAUACCAUAGAAGACUUUUUAAUUAAAAUGGAGGAAAUGGGUUUUCCAUCAACAGAGCAUACAUUUUUGGUGCCAUUCCCGAAAACAAACGUUGGUGCGUUAUCUGCAAAUACUCGUCUGCUAGAUACGAUCUUAUUUCCAACGAACACAGUAUUCAUAUCGAAGAUAUAGUAACUUUCUUUGAAUAAGUAAUAAUUGCUUCCAUUACAUUUCCUUAGUUACGUUUUCUUUAGUUAUAUUAUAAUA